CUAACGAGCACGUUUCGACAGAGCGGUCACAUGACGACCGCCUGUGUGUCCCACUUCCUUUUUCCCUGCUGGAAAACGCCACAUCUGACCGGGAGGGAGAGACGCCAAACCGCCACGGGAGAGUGAGACCGCCGACUUGAAGAUGUUUGCACUAAUAAACCGGCUCCUGGACUGGUUCAAGUCCCUGUUUUGGAAGGAGGAGAUGGAGCUGACGUUGGUCGGCCUGCAGUACUCUGGAAAAACAACAUUUGUUAAUGUGAUCGCUUCCGGACACUUCAGUGAAGACAUGAUCCCGACGGUGGGCUUCAACAUGAGGAAGGUCACCAAAGGAAACGUCACCAUCAAGAUCUGGGAUAUAGGAGGACAGCCGAGGUUCAGGAGCAUGUGGGAGCGAUACUGCCGGGGAGUUAACGCAAUUGUAUACAUGGUUGAUGCAGCGGAUCAAGAAAAGGUGGAGGCCUCUAGAAACGAACUUCAUAAUUUGUUAGACAAACCACAGUUGCAAGGAAUUCCUGUUUUGGUUCUCGGUAACAAAAGGGACCUCCCCAGUGCUUUAGAUGAAAAGCAACUCAUUGAGAAAAUGAAUCUAGCAGCAAUUCAAGACAGAGAGAUAUGCUGUUACUCCAUUUCCUGCAAAGAGAAAGACAACAUUGAUAUCACACUUCAGUGGCUCAUCCAGCACUCGAAAUCCCGCAGAAGCUGAAAAGAGUCCUCCGCCAGCUGUAUUUGCCACAUUAUUAAUAUUAUUAUUAUUAUAAUUAUUAUUAUCACCUCUUUAUCACUCUACAACAAUGUACAGAUGCAUCCUCACUUCUUGUGCUAAGCUGUUGUUCUUGUACUCUCAACUCUUUUUUUUUUAUUCCCCCUUCUGUGUUUUUUUUUCUUUUUCAUGAAUCCAGAAAACGCACUACUAAAGCUCUGGUACCAGAUAAUGACAAAUUGGCAUGGAAUAUUCUGUAAAUAAAACGAGAGGUACAGUAAAAGCUAAAACACAGCUCGGAUUCGACGCUACGAUCAGUCGGUGGCUAUAGCAUUUAUAGCAUCAUGUAAAGGUUCCUCAGAGUUUGGGUCUGAUGCUAGGAGAUGAUAACUUGUACAGUUUUGUUGGCCUCUUCUGUGACCGGCUAUGACUGUCACUUUUUGACUGAUUAAAACAUUGUCUUCUAUUUUAGAAAAUAAUGAGUCAGUUUACGCUGAUGUGUACAAAUCUCCAGCUACUAUGAUUUUUACCAAUAAGGAUGUAUGUGUGUGUGUGUGAGUAUAUUAUUCUAUUUAAAGUCUGAAUGUACUAAAAGUGAAGCUGUACAGGUUUGUGUGCAUCGUUGUUCUCUGUAAACUAGCCUCAGUGGAAUGAUGUCCUUUGUGCUGCCUCAAAGCUGGGAGAGUGCAGAGUUUAAAGUGCCUUGUGCAGUGUCUCUGACCUCUGAAGCUACGCAGCAUGCAAGGUGUGCCUCCCCAGGUAGGGAUCCAACCAACACACUUCAGUAUAUACUCUAAAUAAAAAGGCAUGCUUUUUAAUUUA